AUGAGUUUUCCAGCUAAAAAGCUUUCACCACUUGACGGAUUGCAAAGAAAAACUGAUAGCCAGACAAGGACCGAGGAUCAAAGUUCUGAAAUUCUAAUUUUGCAUGAGCGAAGUGAUAGCGUUGUAUCUUACGAGUCUAUCAAAACCACAGAACGCUUGCUAGAUCGUUUGGAACUGAGCCCCGACGACGAAGCACUGUUACAGCAAGCUCUGAAGGAAAAUGAAGUUCAAACGAUAAGCGGCAGCGGUGCGCCAGAAAAGCGCGUAGUCUGUGUCCCAGCUUCAGGGUUUCCCUCGUUGCGCAAGUUGAGCGGAUCAAGCGGCUCGUCUAAUACCAAGGAGAUGGCGCCAUUCAUGAACAUCCUCAGCGAGCUAUCUCAAAAGGAAAAAAUAAAGUUGUCUAAAUUAAACGAGGUUGAGCUCCACAUGCCCCAAAGCAGGUACUCUUAUUUGGUUGAGGAGGACAGCGGCGAAGACACUGACGAUUUUUUGACCAGCCGUUUAGCCCCAGAUGGUCGCGCGAUCAGUUUCGAGAGGUAUAGGAUGAAAGUCCCACCUAGAAAAUCAUCGUCAGCUUCAUUAAUUAACCAACCGAAUAUCGAAACGACCCCGAGAAUCAUACCACAAUACGCUCUGCAGAAGGAUGGGCAUCAUAACUCUCUUCAAACGCCAAUGGGGAGUACGUCAUCACUCGAAACUAAGGUCCUUAUCAAGCCAAGUACACAUUCGUCAAUGGAAAGCGAACGCUCACAGGAGAGUGAUAAGAAUAGAUCUGGAGACAAGCCCCCCAGCUGGAAGUUCUCCACUCCACAAAAGUUUGAACCAAGUUUUACUGCUGAUGAGUCACCUUCACCUACCAAGGCUCGGAAGGGCCAUAAAAAAAAAACGUCAUUUUCUUUGAAGAGUUUGUUCAAAUCACCCAAAGUUGAGAGUCCUAAGGCGGUCUUUAGUCAAGUGCAAUCUAGUGAGUCUACACCUAAUUCGACGCCCAUUGUCUCUAAAUUCAAAUUUCCUCCUCCACAGAUGGACGAUAUCGCCAUUCCGAGCUCUCAUACGGGUUUCGAGGCCCCUCAAACGUGGAAUGAUAACCAUAAAACAUUUCGAGCCAACUUUGUCCAUUUGGACCACAGUCGUGCGUCUUCUGAUAGUAAUGUUUAUGUCAGUCGUACAGAUGGCAACUGGAAUAAGAGGAGUGCGGGACCCAUUUCAAGCCAAACUAGAAAUACACACAUGCCACGCUUGAUGCGUCCCAGUACGCAAGAAAAUUCCCAGUCACAUUUAUCCAAGGACACGCAAGUAACGCAAGAGGCGCGGAUUAGGACCGCAAUAGAACUUCGAAAUAAGGGAUUAUUAAAUCAGUCGGCAGAACAGUUGAAAGUAUUAUGCGACAUGAACAAUCCCACCGGUCACUUACUUUACGGGCUGGCACUACGAUAUGGAUCCGGGGUAGAAGUAGAUUACCUCGAAUCUUUCAAACACCUGAAGCUAGCAUCUGGAGUUCACUCGGAAGAAAGGGAGCUAUUCAGUGUAGAUAUUGACCCCUUCAAGCUCCACAAUGUACCCCACGUUCCUCGGGAACCACAGGCACCUGCAUUGUACGAGUGCGGCAUUUCGUAUCUUAAAGGAUACGGUGUUAAUGAAAUCGACGAAGUGAAGGGCCUCAAGUAUCUCGAGAAGGCUGCCUCCAAUGGUCAUUUGGAUUCCAUGUGCCUGAGCGGUACAAUUUGGUCAAAAAGUUCGAAAGUGAGGAGAAAAAACAUGACAAGAGCGGCUGCUUGGUUUCGACUGGCGGAUAGAAGAGGCGCAGAUCUUAUAGGGGCGGACUGGAUAUAUAAGGACAAGUAUCAAAAUCGAAGUAUAGAAAGUCUUUAG